AUGCCAUCGUCUAAAACAUCAAUCGACAAGCGCGACGUUUAUUACCGCAAAGGCAAAUCACUAGGUUAUCGCGCUAGGUCGGCGUGGAAGUUGUUACACUUGGACGAAGAGUUUGACCUCUUUCGGGGAGUGAACACUGCUGUAGAUCUAUGUGCUGCUCCAGGAUCCUGGAGUCAAGUCCUAGGUCAAAAGCUCAGACCGGGUACUGAGUCGGGAAAGAAGGUCGUCUGUAUAGAUUUACAACCUAUGGCUCCAUUGCCAAAUAUAACCCUUCUUCAAACAGACAUCACUCUUCCCUCAACCAUCCCCUUAGUUAUACGCGCUCUGGGGGGACGUCAAGCAGAUCUUGUUGUUUGUGAUGGCGCGCCAGACGUCACAGGUGUUCACGAUCUUGAUGCUUACCUUCAUAGUCAGCUUCUCUUAGCUGCAUUGACACUUUCCCUUACUCUUCUGGCACCUCAUUCUACCCUCAUCUUCAAGAUCUUUCUUUCCCCACUCGAUCCACAAGGAGCCAUGCUGCGUUCUCAACUCCAGCCCUUUUUCCCCGGUUCUCCCACCGAUCAAUUCUACGACGAGUUCGAUGACCAAUCCACCGUAGCAGAAGACCUGAUUCCUAUGGAGAACGUCGCAUCACAAACUAUCGACGACAAGCCUGGCGAACCGUCCUCUCCAAAGGCAGGCUUUGACCUUCUAGGCCGUCGAGGUGGAGUUUGGGUCCGCAAACCUCGGAGCAGCAGAAAAGGUUCAGGAGAGGCUUUCUUGGUUUGCAGAAACUUUGACCGAUCCCGAGUCCCCUUGCCAGCGACUUUCUCCGAAGAAGCGCUGGACAGCCUUGCGCAGCAACAAGGAGGUACAUUGACUUUGGAAUCCUUGUCCUCACUCGGAGGGCCGCAGCGGACGUCAAAAGAGUGGGAACUGAUCAAAGCAUAUGUAGGGAGCGGUAAUCUUGAUUGCAUGUUCGGGAAUCCGACUCUGUUGACACCCUUGACUUUUACAAUGACCCCAGAAAUCCCCGUGUUCAAUGGUGUUAUCUCCAUUUCUUCGCCACCCUCCGUUCAUAUACGUUUACCGAACUCGGGACAUCCCCCACCUCCUCGUCUUCACCUCCCUGAUCCCAGUCCUGCACGCCGAGCCAUCGGCUUACCUUCGCCCACUUCUCGACAAUCAUCCCUCGACUCCUUGUCUCCCACAACGGCCUCUCCAUCUCCUCUCACCUCGUUUCAUCAACGACCAUGGGAUCGUUCCUGCUCUCCUCUACCAUCGCCUGGGAUCUCCUACUCUGGCCCAUCCGAGGGAAUGCUCGCCGUCCCCCCGCCCAUUCCCGAAAGUUCACUGGCUGAAGAGGAUCCAAGAGACGCUGGUGUUUGGGCAGACGGAGCGGUCUCACCUUCUCUCAGUACCAACAGCAAAACGGACUCAUUCUUUUCCAAAGCGAAGGUCGAACCCUUGCCCGAACCUCCAAAACCACUCGCUUCUAUUGUAUUAGGCAAGGGCUUGCCCGGUCAGGUACAAGAACGACAUCGUGCUGUUAGUUCACCAGCUCCGGUGCAACUUCAUCCUCCUGUUCCUUUCCCCGGCUCGACUUCCAUCCCUAAUGAUGUUAAUUCGAUCGCAGCUAAUAACUCUUCGUUACAACCAAUUUCUCGACACGUCUCAACUCCACUUGAGCCCCCGUAUUUCCACUCGAGAAGGUUCACAGGAACGUCCAUCCCAUCUGAGAGACUUGCCACCCUUCCUUCUGAACCUAGUGUCUCCCCUUCAGCCCGUCAUACACCUUUACAAACCCACACUAGACGUGGUUCACAUUUCGAAAGAGAACAUGCCGAAGCGGAGCUUGAUGUCACCCUAUCCUCUGGUCAAAUCCUCACUCCAUCUUUCACCUCCCCUACCUCUCCGUCCAAUCAUCACGACACAUCUUCCUUGUCUUCUCCUCCAUAUUUCGAUGUCACAUUGAAGAGCUUGACAAAUCAGACUCAAGGAAUUUGGAGAUUAGAAUCUCCCCUUGGACAAGGAGCCUUCUCCACCGUCUGGUCGGCGACCCGUCUUCCUACGGACGAGCACAAAAUUGGAACGGUAGCUAUUAAAAUGAUGGACAAACGACUCUGUCUUUCUAACGCUCGAACACGUAUUGCUUUCCUUCGCGAGGUGGAAGUACUGCGUCACAUCUCUCAUCCUAAUAUUGUCGGAUAUCUGGAUUCAUUCUCUACCAAAACCCAUCAUUGUCUGGUGCUUGAAAGAAUGGGUGGAGGGGAGCUGUUUGAUCUGGUCAGUGAUGAGACAAAGAGGAUGAGGAUGAUGUUACCUGGUCCUAAGGGUGAUAAUGGAGAAGAGGGUGAUGAUGGGGAUGGGUUUCUGAAAAGAGUGUUUGGGGAAAUUUGUAAAGGUGUGGGGUGGUUGCAUGAGGUCGGGGUUGUACACCGGGAUCUGAAGUUGGAGAACAUUCUCCUCACUGUCAACCCUCUUCUUCUUCCUCCAACAAUUACCAACUCCAUCCCUCUCCAUCUCCUCCCUCGUCCACUUAUCAAAAUCACCGAUUUCGGUCUCGCGCGAUUCAUCGAUCCCACCUCUCCUCUCCUCGAAACACGUUGCGGAUCCGAAUCUUUCGCAGCACCAGAAAUCAUCAUGGGAAGACCGUACGACGGUCGUCUUACUGAUGCUUGGGCUCUAGGUGUUAUCCUCUUCGCGCUGAUGACGGGAGAAUUACCAUUCGAUCCUCCUCCUUCGUCAGGCCAAGAAGGUCGUUGGGGUGAAAGAGAAGAACGUAAGAGACGUAUGAUGAGGAUCGCAAAAGCUGAAUAUACCUUACCCCGGAAUGUUAGCGUAGGUUCGAAGAGAGUCAUCGAGAGGUUAUUAGUAAGAGAUCCCGGGAAGAGAAGUUGGGUGAAAGAUAUAUGGCAAGAAGAAUGGAUGAGUGUUGGAGAUGGGAAUGGUGGAAUUGAGUCUCAAUGGCAGGAGGGAGACGAAGGGGGGGAUAGGGAAGGAGGUUUGGUUGAUGGUUUGACUGGAAGAGAUGGGUUUAUGGGAAGAGGAGCAAGGAAGGUUAUGGAAGGGUUUUUGGUUGAUGGGGAUGGGAUUGACGAGGUAGCAAGAUCAGAGGAGUCAUAG